GACUCUUAAGCAGAAGGAAUCCUCUGACUCACCACACCAGUGAAAGAUGGGGGAGUCUAGGCCCAAUGGAACACUUUUUAUGUAUGUUCUGGAACUCUCAUAGUGAACUAUGGAACACUCUGGUUCACCCCUGACCCCUGACCUCAAUGAUACGACAGCCAAUGAGAGCCUGUGGUGGGUGCUGGGGGCGCCCCUCCCUUCAGCCCCUAGCAGACAGCUGGGCACCUUGCCCAACUCCCAGACACGCUUCAAGGACCUGACAGGGAUAUUCUUCAUGGUGACCCUGAACGUGGUGGCGCUGCUGGCGAACACAGCCGUGCUGGUGGUGGUGGUCAAAGCCCCGCACCUCAGGAAGUUUGCCUUUGUGUGCCACCUGUGUGCGGUGGACCUGCUGUGUGCCGUGCUGCUCAUGCCCCUGGGAAUUGUGUCCAGCUCGCCGUACUUCGCCAGCGUGGUGUUCACAGUGCUGGAGUGCCAGAUGUACGUCUUCCUCAACGUGUUCCUCAUCGCAGCCUCCAUCUUCACCAUCACGGCCAUCAGCGUGGAGCGUUACUACUACAUUGUCCACCCCAUGCGCUACGAGGUAAAGAUGACCCUGAAGCUGGCCACAGCCGUCAUGGUCCUGGUCUGGGUAGCCUCAGCCCUCCUGGGGCUGGCCACUGUGUUCGGCUGGCCCAGCUACGGCAGCCUGAGCUCCAUCAGCGCCGCCCACUGCUCUCUCCACUGGAGCCACAGCGGCCACCGCCGGGCCUUCUCUGUCCUCUUCACAUUGGCCUGUUUCUGCCUGCCUGCUGCAGUCAUCUUUGCUGUGUACUGUAACGUCUAUAAAGUGGCCCGCAUGGCGGCUAGACAGCAUGGACCGUUACCGUCCUGGACGGCCAGUCAUCUUAAACACCGCUCAGGUUCCAUCAGCAGCCAGACCACUAUCAUCACCACCCGCAACGCCCCCAGGAGGCUCCACCAAAAAAGGCCCUUUGGUGGGGGCAAGGCCGCCUUCACCCUGGUGGUCAUUGUGGGCCAGUUCCUGCUCUGCUGGUUGCCUUACUUCGCCUUCCACCUGCACCUGACUAUCAACAACCCGCCCAAGGUCCCACCUGACCUAGAGGAGGCCGUCACCUGGCUAGCGUACUCCUCCUUUACCGCCAACCCAUUCUUUUAUGGGCUGCUGAACCGCCAGAUCAGGGAGGAGCUGUCUAAGCUGUGGCGCUGCUACUCCACCCAGCUGGCCCUGUCCAGCGGCCACGAGGGCUCGGCCCAUGAGAACUUCCUGCAGUUCCUCCAGAGAACCAGCUGUACGGUGGAGACCAGAGCCAGCUUCACCUGCACAUCCAGCCCCAGGAACACCCUGGACCAGACAGCGCAGCAGACAGCUGACUUCAGGAUACCUGGACAGAUACCGGAGGAGUUCAAUUAAAACGCCCCUGAUAUACUAACCUGGACCCCAGUGAUAUACUGUUACUGUAUGGACACAAGCACCUGACUGCCGAGUUAAAACUGUUAAAACACCUUUAUAUCGGGCCACUGGAAACUUAUUGACUUCGGUAAUGGCUGCACCACAGGAAUACUAGAAGCAGAAACAGCCUGGACAAGACUGGGCCGACUGCUGGGUUCAGGAUACCAGGGCAGAUACCUGAGGAUUUCAGUUAAUCAACAAUAAUCUUAGAUACGUAUGCCACUGGCACCUACUGUAGUUGACUACUGCAAUGGCAGUGCAAACUUCCCCAGGAUCGCUGACCUAGAGCAGCAAAAUUAGCCUGGGCGUACUUUCCCAGAGCCGUCAUCGCUAAGAACCUUCUUGCGAUGUAUCAUUAGCAGCGAAGGUUUUCCCAGAGCCUUCAUCAGUAAAAACUUGCACAUCUACGAGGGAUCCAGACCACUUGUAGAGGAGCCAAAGUGCAUCGUUGGAUGCUUUUUGCCCUUCCACGUCACUUUAUUCAUAGAAGAUCAAGAUGUUUAGGCUGUCUGUCUGUCUGUCUGAUUGUGACGGACAAUAACUUCAGAACGAAGUUGACUACAGAUACAAAGUUACCAAAGUAUUAACACAUUUCACAAACAAGCGAAGGAUAAAAUGGUGCUUCAAAUGAAAACCGAGAUGACUGUAUUAAAAGAUCCAUAGCCUAUAACGGCCCAUAUAGCCUAUUUCAAUCAUAUUGAAAUAAUUUCAUGUUCAAUCCCACUGGGCACAGAUGGUUCAACAUAAUUUAUUUUAAAUUACGUGGAAACAACAUUGAUUCAAUCAGUGUGUGCCCAGUGGGAUCAAUUUAGUUAUAUUUUGCCUCAAUGUGUUUCAUGAUGUGUGACAACAUUUGUACAAUGAUGUGCCCAAUCUGUGAUUCAGUGCAUUAUUAUUGGGUAAGCAUAAUAAGCUGCCUCAAUAGCUUAUUUACAGCCAUGGGUGGUAAUA